GAAGUUCGUGUCUGCUGGCGAGGCUCAGGCGACCUCAAAGCCAGUGGCAAGCACGACCGUUCCUUCCAGGAUCGCACUGCUGAAUUCGAGCGUGCGAGGGGUAAAGGUCGCCGCUCUGGCUGCCCAAUCCGGCAGCAUGCCAGCCGCACCUGCAGCGCAGGAUGCAUCCCUGCCAGUUCCAGCAGCCAACGCCAGCGGCGCAGUACCGGCUGCUCCGCAACCCGCCGCCACGGUUACAGCAGCUCCGGCCACAUCGGUGACUGCAGCGCCUCAGCAACUCAACGGGACAGCAGGACUGUCCCAAGGCAGUGCCCCAUUGUUGCACGUCCGUGGCACACAAGUCGCUGCUGAGCCAAAGUCCAGGUUGGCUACCGAUCGCAGCUUACACUUGCCAGGCACUGCAGUAGAGGCUCCUCCAGCACAAGCUCCUCCCACUCAAGCGCCGCAAGCACCAGUACAAACACCCGGUGCUGGCCUGACAACCAAUAGGGCGGGCAGUCCACAGGCUGCGCCUGUGCAAGCCGCAGCACUGGCGGAUCCGCCAGCUCCCGCGGUACCAAGUGCUCAGCCUGCGCAGCUUCGCAUGCCAGCCCGAGCAGCACCGUCAGCAGCACCAGCAGCAACAGCAGCAACACCACCAGCCCCACCAGCACCAGCAUUGGGACAUCAGGCUGUGGAGGAUGCAGCUGCCGCCACCCCCACUGUAAAGAUCCAGGAGCUGGCAGAGUCCUCGGCGUUUAGCACAAUGCCUCCGCUUCCAGCCGCCGCC